AUGACCAAACCCGAAAAGAUAGCCAACACCCCAGCCCCGCAGACGGAGAAGGCCUUCCGGCGCUUCGCGGCGGAGAAGUUGGCCGGGAAGCUGGAGGGCGAGGCUGAUGUGGACCUGUUGUGGGAGGCUGUGUCCACGGCCUUGGCAGAGGCGGCUCUUGCCAGCGAGCAGCACUCCAAGGCGGAGGGUCAAUUGAAGGCCCUCACCGCGGUUGCCACGGCAGAGCUUGACCAGAUCCCAGUCUUGGAGGACAAGGCCCUGGCAGCGCCAGACCCCAGCCGUCGCACCCGCUGGCGCAGCUGGAAGUUUGUGGCCCAGGAGAUCCUUUGGUGCCAAGAUCCCGGCCAAGUUUGGCCGUGGAAGGCUUUGCGCGCCAAGAUGCUGGCCUACUACCAGGAGUACCUCACCGCCAAGGGCGAGGCGGAUGAUCGGCCCAACAAGCAGCUGUUCCGGGAGAUGCGUGAGUCGCUUCCCAGCGAGUGGUUCCGACAGUCGGCUUCCGAGCAACUCGAGGUCUUCUUGGCGCCGUCGGAGCACCAGCAAGCGGCGCGCCACCUGUGGAAAGCGAACCGCGAUGAUGGCCUGCGUCCUUUCCAGCGCCGGGUGGUGCCCUGGGCCUUGGUGAAGGCGGCGGUCAAAGGAGACGUGGACGAGGAGCUCGGCGUGCAGAUGACGCAAAGCCAAGAAGCGGUGCCCAAGCCCAAGACGAAGAAGAGGACGGACCGGCAUCUGAGGAAGGGUCUCAUUCUCGUCCUUGCGGGGGGACGGGGGACAGGACAGAGGGGCAUUCUGGACAUGUGGUCUGACUGGCAGCUUGCUGUAGCAUGGGAUCUAGGCCCGUAG